AGUGUGGACAGUAGGCCUAGCCAUAGAAAUCAAGUUGCGUUUUCAGAUUUCUCCGGCUUAGUGUAGACAUUAUUAGACUGAUUUAUGGAUUGCCGGAGGCUUUGAGAAUGUAUGCGGUCCAAGAUUUUCAUAUAUAUUUUUGGCGAUGGUUAUUUCAUUCAGUGUAAAGCCUGUAGCUAGCUGUUCGGCGGUUGCGAGGCCUUGUCGAUGUGCCAGUGACGUAACGAAACCGCAAGUCGGAAAGCAUUGCAUGUUUCAGUGAUAAAGAAACGUGUCACUCUUUUAAAACUGAAGCUGUAAGAAGUUGUUUUCUUGAUCAUGAUACUGUCUACAGACUGACUAGACCUUUUUGAGUAAUAACUUGCAUGCCUUAAAUUUCAGCUUCUAAUUCCCCGAGCAGCAUGGAAACUCUUACUGAGAAAUUCAGAAACCCGUCUACUCUUCGUAAAGUAGCAAGUGCUCUGGGAAAAGACAAAAAAAUUCCCUGAGCAAACUUGAGUUUAAAAUUACAGCUUUUUCAAAUAAUGGUGAAAUUAUUGGAAGUGCUAACAUUCUAACAGCAUCCUUUGUUUUGAGAUUUAAAACGAUUUUUAUGCCGAAAUUAGCGAGCAAAUGCAAAUCAGGUUUAACUUAACAAUUAUGCAAAAGCUACAGCUAAUGUCUGUCAGUUGAUUAAUUAGAAAACAUGUCGGGGACGAUCGUGAUGUGAUAAGGCAUUGGCAAAAUAAAGCAAGGAUGCCAUCCGAUCGGUAUCUCGUUGAAAAAAAGGGAAAAAUGUGAAUAGACGUAUUUUUGCCGUCUUAAUAACCAUAAUCACUGAAAUAAUCAAUGAUGGUAAAAGAUAUCCUACUGCGCAAUACCGUGAAAAAGAUUAACUUUCUCGAAUGGACCAUUUCAUUUCACUUAACAUCAGUCAAAUGUUGGCAAAAUCAUUAGUCAAGAUCACUGGGGUGUCGUAAAUUUUUUACCUCACUUUUUGCUUUUCAAGGUUUUGCACUUUGAUUUCGAACGUGAGAGAAAUGACGCACAAGAUUUAAAAAAUUAUGUUUUCCUGAAGUGGCCAUGUCCGUUGACUAUAGGAUUAUGUCAGGAAUAGUUAACACAGCUGGUCUAGAUAACUUGAUGAUAUGACAUAAUACAGGGAUUUUACUUUAGGAGUCGCAUUUUACCGUUUGCUUUAGUUUAAAACUGACGCUAAAUUUUUCUAAACCUUUUGUUGACGAUCUGCACUGCACUCGAAGUUGUGGAUACGGUGCAAAAUUUUUAAUUUCCCGCAGCUAUUCGACAUAAUAUACCGAGAGACGGUCCCAUCUGUUAGGAAUUGCGGAGCCCCGUUUGUGGCAACGCACUCGAUGUGUGAAAGUGUAGCUGUUCGUAAAUUGUUAAUGGCAUAUAUUUAUCGCAUAAAGCUAACUUUCAAUCUUCACUUAUUUACCUAAGUCGCAGGGUUCCUCUUCAAGUGGCUUGACGCAGUUUGCUCAAGAAAUGGCGGGAUAGUUAGCAAUGUUUUGAUGGCUCUUUAGAGGACAAAGAUGGUGACGCUUCGCUUGUUACUUGAUGUCCACGUCGGCAAAUGGUUAUGUUUAACCUGGUUUUUGAUAAAUGUUCUGGACGUUCAAGGGACAUUUCCAAGUAGCGAUACUGUCACUAAAGCACGUUGCAUCGCCAACUGCUACACUAUGACUGGAAGUCACAAUAACGACUCGGAGAAAACUUGCCAGACUACAGCCUGUCAAGAGUGUUUAUCACCAUGUGAGAUUUGGAAGUUCUUUUUAAAUGAAACAGAAUGCCUGCAAACCUGCUUGAAAUCAGGUAGUUGCAAGGCAAGUUGUAGAUUUUUGACGCAUAUAACGAACCUCUCCUCGACAUUGGUUGGAGAUGGAUCUACAUCACCGACACCUGGAGUACCAACAGUGGCAAACAAGAAUUUCACCUCAAUCUCACUGAAAUGGGAUCCUGUGCAGAAUACGACUGGUACCGCUGUGUACUUGAUAGCUAUGAACAUAAAGGGAGAUGAGGUUCUGACUUCCCCUCAUUACUUCUUAGAGGUAUUCACAGUGCCACAGGCCACGAUAGAAACGCGACUAUUGUGCGCACUAGUUGAUAGGGGAAAUCCAAACAGGAGGAAUACCUUCGACGGAUUGUACUACAAAUUCCACAUAGCAGCGCUUACUGAGAAUUCGUCUAUUAGUUACGGAGCACAAACAACUGAUAUAUCUCUGCCGCAGCCUACUCCAGUCAGUAACAUAACACCUCCAAGUUUUGAAUAUGAAAGUGCUCGUUCGCAACGUAAACUGAAGUUGACGGUGUCUUGGGCUCCACCAGAACAAUCUCAACAUGUUUCAAGCUACGCUAUGAUCUGGGAUUACCUAUGUAUUUCUCAAACUGCCCCCGUUUCUCCGCUUUGGACAACAACCGGGUCUCCGCAACCCAGUGGAUCUAUCAACAUUGAUGAAGAAAUAAAGAAAUGCAACCACACGUUAAAGGUUUAUGCGCUGUCUCAGUGUAUACCUAGCAGUGUAACAAUGAUUACUUAUGAAUAUCCUGGCUGCAGAAAUAUCUCCAGUUAUCCCAAAGACCUAUGCUACAAGUUCGAUCCUCCUGAUUCCCCAGACGAUUACAGAGAAGUGAGAAACGUCAACCACACUGUGAUGUCCAUAGAUGAUGCUUACACAUUCACUAUCAAUGUAACAUGGGAUCCACCCAUCUACCCCUAUAAACGAGUUCAGUCUUACAAUGUCAUCUGGCGAAAACGAAGUGAAUUCUCUGCUAUACCUCGAAAAUCUUACGUAACGUCAUAUUUAGUAGGACCUUUGCAGCCCAGAGAAACUUAUGAGAUCAGACUUAAACCGAACUUUGAGGAUAAAACUCCACCAGGCAAUGAAAUAAAAGUCGAAAUAUCUACUCCCCAUCCUGAUCCAUCACAAGUCACGGUGAGAAGCCUGGUGCUUAAUGACUUCACCUUUAAACUUCCAACUGAGACAUUCUCACUGAAUGUAACCUGGCAAAAACCGUCGUUUAAUUACAGCCAAAUUAAGUCUUAUGUGAUUUCGUAUCGCGUGGACAAUGGAAAAGAAACUAGAACGCAAACAAGCAAAACUUUUUUCAACAUUGAUGGAAUCUCACACGGGCAACCCGUGGCGUUUAAUGUGACACCGCAGUAUAUCAACAACAGAAUACGAGCAGUUCCAUCUGUUAAGAAAAUUCAUGGGCCAGUACCGAAUGAUGAAGAGAUUUCUGUACAGCAACUGCAGCGUACAGGAGAUUUUGUUGAAGACAAACAAACUAACACAUUUGCCGUCAACUUCACUUGGAAACCACCAUCAUUCCAAUACAGAGACGUGCUUUAUUAUAACGUGUCAUACGGGUUCUCUGGCUACCCACGUGAUCAAUUUCCUUGUUCUUCAUUGGUCAAGGGCCCGAGAUGCAUAAUAACCGGUGUGAAAGAGACGAUAUUUAUGUUAUCAGGAAUACUUCCACAAGAUCAUGUCAUCAUCGAGGUGACACCUGUUUACAGGGACAAGUAUAUAUUGGGGAAAAAGCGACAACAAGAAGAGAUGGCUCCGGGCCCUAGAGAGGAAUUAUUGAAAGUUGUUGGACUGAGCCACGAUGCGCUAGUUCCCAGUUCUAAUGAGUUAUUCGGCACAAAAGUGUCGUGGCAAAAACCACUUUUCAACCACAGUGCAGUGAACCAUUACAGUUAUAAAAUAACCAAUGGCACCGACAAACUUGUCAGAAAUAAAGUACGACGAGCCAUUGAUCUCAACACCGUGUUUACAACGAAAUACACAAACGUCACCAUUGACGGGAUUCAGCUGGGUAAAGCAAUUGAAUUUAAGGUCACUCCCGUAUUUGAUGUGCACAUGGUGACUGGUAGAGAAGCCUCGAUUGCUAUUCUCAAGGCUGAAAUAGGUGAAAAGGAAUCCAGUUCCAUGACUCCUGGUGAGAUUGCGGGACUUGUCAUAGGCUUACUGCUGUUAAUCCUGAUUGUAAUCUGCUCGAUGGUUUGGUGCCACAGAGAACGACAAAGGAAAAAGGAGGCCAAAGGACUUGUUUCUGGCAAAAACGCGGUAAUGAUUGAUCACUGGGAGGUAGAUGGCAAUUUAGUGUCCUUGGAGAAGGAGCUUGGAGAGGGGGCCUUUGGUAAGGUGUACAAGGGAGCCCUCAAGGAACAUAUUCCGCUUUCUCAGAAACUGUCUUGGAAGACACCUGUGAACACCUCACGAACUGCAACCAUCAAAGGAAAUGAAAUGUUUACGGUUGCCGUUAAAAUGCUUCAUAAUAUGGCCGAUGGCGACCAAAGAAGAGAAUUUCUCGAGGAAAUUCAACUCAUGAAAGCUGUGGGAUCACACAAGAAUAUUGUUAACAUGCUGGGAUGUUGUACUGUGGAAGAGCCAAUGUUCCUACUGGUUGAAUAUGUUCCUUGUGGUGACCUGUUACAUUACCUCAGAAAACACAGGAGCAAGGUCAACGAAUAUCUCGGAGAUGAUUCUAGAGGGCCUUACCGUUCAACGUACUGCGAAACUUAUUUUACCGAUGGGAAUCCCACAGGAAUAUCUGUGAAGACAACUAAAAACGACCGCAUCUACGUCAAUGCUCCAAACAUGCCAAAAGAAAAGAAUGAGAAUAUCCAACUUCUAUCUUUUAAUUCUCACAACGCUGAAGGUCCUGGAACUGGCGAGGAAAACAAAGGCCUAGAUACUCAGGAAAAGGAGGACGAGCAAGACAAUAACGAAGAAAUCUUAACUCCAGGAGAUUUAAUGGCGUUUGCUUGGCAAAUUAGCCAAGGAAUGGAAUACCUUACAAAGAAGGGAUUUGUCCAUCGCGAUUUAGCAGCUCGCAACAUCCUUGUUGGGGAAAAGAAAAUUGCUAAAGUGGCAGAUUUUGGCCUAACUCGUCACGUGUAUGAAGAGAAAGUUUACCAUGCAAAGAGAAACAGAAAACUGCCAUUGAAAUGGAUGUCAAUCGAAGCCAUCUUUGAUCAAACUUUUACAGCACAGAGUGACGUAUGGGCUUUUGGAGUUGUCCUCUGGGAGCUAGUGACUCUUGGUGGUACGCCGUACCCUGCAAUCGACAACAAAGAGCUGCUUCGCCUGUUGAAAGAUGGAUAUCGAAUGGAGAAACCAGACACAUGCAACGAUGACCUCUACAACAUGAUGACAGAUUGCUGGAAGAAGUGUCCUGAGGCGCGCCCGACUUUUACUCAAAUGAGACAGAGACUGGAGGAGAUGAUGCAAAAGGACAAUCCGUAUUUGGAUUUGAGUGCUCUGGAUGAAACAAAAGAAUACUACAAUGUGCCUUCAUUUAACAGCCUUACUGAAGAGUCCACGGACGACUUGUUUGAUAAAGACGAUCAGGAGUGCCGUCAAGAUUCUAACGAAAAUAAGGAACUGGGAAGUGAGAAACCUACUGGAGAUUCAAAUGGAAACGAAACAAAAAGCUUUGAGCAAAUAGAGGAGAAAAAGAACACAAAAAAUACAGUAGCUUACGAUGGGUAUGGUAAAAUCGAUGAUCGAGGUGGUAAAAAUGUGACGAUCAAUUUUGAUGAGCUAGAAAUGAGCGUGUACAGACCGGCAGCUCGAGUAACGGCCUCCUAGCGUUUCACAUAGGAUAUCAACCUGUCAGUUAACUGUCAAUGUCAAUUGUCAGAAAUACCGUUAUCUAGCCUAAAUAUAGUCAAUUUUUAGGAUUUGCAAGGGCGUACCUUGCUACUUAUUGCUAGCUUAUAUUGGAAUAGAAAGGUCCACUGGUAUUUUCUUUUUAAAGUUUCCUUUGAAAAGACAACAACCGAACCGGUGAAACUGAAUUACUAGACUGAUGUUCAUCAUUAGCUGCCUCCCUAGGCGAAGGCUUAAAUGGUUAACGCUGGACGCCGGAGAAAGCAGUCCGACUUCAAACCCUUGCCGAGGUCACUGCGAGGUCACUCUCAGGACACAAGUGAGUUGAAGGCCGAGGCGUAACCCUACCAUAGACGUACGACUGGCAUCUCAUCCAGGGGGGAGUAGAAAUACUCCUAGUUGCUUAUCAGUGCUAUGGAACCCGGGCUAAACCCCAGUAGAACACUUGAAACACGUAGCACGAGGCAGACUUUGCCGUCCCUGGCUUCAAAAAUCCAACGACGACAAGUUAUUGAUUGGUAGACUGCGUAAGUUAGUUCACGAAAAACUUUAUUUUGACACCCGAUGUUUUGUCUGACGGUUGAAAACUGUUGAGAGCAAAACUUUACAUAAGAACUUCAAACAUUAUCGAACUUACAGCUUUAUAGUUGAAUACACAUAGUAUCUUCAGCCUCCAAUAUUUAAAUGAAAGGUAUCAUUUAUCAUUUUUGAAUUGCAUAAAAUGCAAUUUAAAACUGAAUAAAAUACAUAUUAAUAAAUAUCUCACUGACUGUGAGAGAUGUAGAAAGUGA